AGCAAAAGCGCCAUCGUGGCCUCUUGCCGGCCAUUGCGUUACUUGCACUGUUGCUCACUACCCUAUUUAAUUGCUUCUCUCGCUGACCACGGCUAUGAAACUUGCCUGCCAGCUGUUCUAGUCAUUGCAUAUUUCUUCCUCUCCUCUUUACUCUUUCCUCCCUUGCUGAAUACUCGUGACACUGUACUUGUUGACAAUACACCAUGGCCCAAAUACGCGGAACUGCGGGCUACAACCUCGGCCACCAGAACCGCUUCGCUGGCGGGCCUGGCGGACUCGAUGCCACCAGCGAUCCCAGUCCGCUCGACCAGAUCCGCGAGCAGACCAGCAAGAUUGAGGACUGGCUGGACACUGUGUCGGAUCCGAUCAAGCCAUACGUGCCUGCCAUCGGCCGCUUCCUGAUUGUCGUUACGUUCCUCGAGGACGCCCUCCGAAUCAUGACGCAAUGGAACGACCAAAUAGUCUUCCUGAAGGACUACCGCCACAUCCCCUGGGGCAUUACACACCUCUUCCUCCUCUUCAACGUAAUCGUCAUGCUAGCGUCGUCAAUUCUCGUGAUUGCUCGCAAACACAGCGAAUACGCGGUCGGCGGUUUACUCGCUGUCGUGGUGACGCAGGCGUUAGGCUACGGCCUGAUUUUCGACCUGAACUUCUUCCUGCGCAACCUGAGCGUGAUUGGCGGGCUGUUGCUGGUAAUUUCGGACUCGUGGGUGCGCAAGAAGUACAUGCCGGCGGGCCUGCCGUCGCUGGAUGAGAACGACCGAAAAAUGUACGUGCAGUUGGCGGGUCGCGUGCUGCUGAUCUUGCUGUUUAUUGGGUUUGUGUUUUCGGGCCAGUGGUCGUUCUGGCGUGUGCUGGUCAGUCUUAUUGGGUUUGUGGCGUGUGUGAUGGUGAUUGUUGGGUUCAAGGCGAAGAUGAGUGCGGUCAUCCUCGUGAUUUUGUUGAGUGUGUUUAAUGUGCUGGUCAACAAUUUCUGGACUCUCCGUCCCCACCACCCGAACAAGGACUUUGCCAAGUACGAUUUCUUCCAGGUGCUAUCUAUUGUCGGCGGUCUCCUCCUCCUUGUCAACAUGGGUCCCGGCCACUUCAGCGUCGACGAGAAAAAAAAGGUAUACUAGUAGCCACACAUCCAUUUGGCUGGCACACAUCAUUCUGGUAUGGUGAAUUGGUUACGCAUAAUAUAUGAUAUCAUAUCCAUCACGAGCGGAGGAGGCCAUGUACGAGAAUAUCUCCAUUAUCGCAUCAUCGAGGGCAGUGUUAAAAUUUGUUAGUU